GUUGUGACAAGUAGUGUUGUGGUGGUGCCUGGCUGGCUGGCUCCCUUAUUCCAUGUUUCCCUGACCCUUCCCUGGCACUGGUGGUUGUCUGAUAGUCCUGUACAUUAGUGUGUGAUAGUGUGGUGAGUGCGUCUGUGUGUUCUAGUAGUUGCUGGAGUGACGUUAGCUGCUGUGUUUCGCCUGGUAUGUUAGAAGGACUGGCUGGCUGGGUGGUAGCGGUUUUCCUCUCGCCGUCACCCUUUCUGCCCUUCGUGGUUGUUUGAUAGCGGUACAAAUCAGUGUGUUAGUUUCUUCUAUUGUGUAGAGUGACUGUAGAGAGUGUGUGUGUUUUGAUGGCGUCGUCCGUGGAGGCUCAGGCCAGUGGGGGAAGCAGCUGGGGCUUUUACCUCACUGUGGCAGUAUGUGUGUGUUUGUUCCUGAUGGCUUGUCGAUGUCGUUUGAGUGUCCGACUGAGUGUGACUUGAGACAAAUGGUUUGAAGCAACUCUCUCUCUCUCUCUCUCUCUCUCUCUCUCUCUCUCUCUCUCUCUCUCUCUCUCUCUCUCUCAUAUGAUCCAGUUCUCUGUUAUUUGAAGUUUUUUACCUUGGUUCUUUCUUUGGGACAGUUUUUAUCACCUAACAAAAGUAUGAAAUUUAAUUCAUUCGAUUAUGAUGGACUUAUAAGAAAACUGUCUUCAUUAUGGCCUUUUUUGUUGUUAUGGGGAAGUUAUUGGGAUAUUCUGUAGCCCAUUUUUCAUUUGUUUUGAAUGUUGUUUUGAGGCAGUGCAUAGUUGAUUGGCAGUUGUUUGGUUGUAGGUCUUUUAAGGCAGUUUAGUGAUCACCUUUUGGGGUCUGUCUUAAAACUUGGUGCACUCCUUCCCCUGGCAUUCAUUAUCAUGAUCGUCAAAAUGCAAGAAAUGGAUCAAAACCGGGAUGCAAUACGCCUGAACUCUGUGCGGAGGAUAGACCCACACGUUAUGCAAAUUGUGGACAGUGCCAACCGCACAGCCCUGUAUUCCUAUGAGCAGGGAGGCGAGUCUUGGGCCAAGACGGAUGUAGAGGGCACUCUGAUGGUGUAUUCCAGGCUGGCACCACCCCAUCACAUGGUUACUAUUAUCAACAGGCUGAACAAGUCAAACUUUAUAGAGCCACUCUCUUCUUCCUGUGACAUUCAGGUUAAGCCGCCAUACCUCCUCUUCCGGAAUGCUAAGGGUGUCAUUUAUGGAAUCUGGUUUUCUGAUGGGGAUGAUGUGCAGCGCAUUGCCAAUGCCAUCCAGGAACACAUGAAGGGGGAGCCUCAGCCAGCCCCACAACCUGCCCCUAACAUCCUUGCUGACCCGGCCGUUGCAGUGGCUGGAGCACCUGGCGGAGACAUCAUGAGUAUGCUAUCGCGAGCACAUGGAGAGUUUGAGAGCAAACGUCAGGAGCCACGCAGCAUCGUCAAUACUGCCACCAGCACGAAUAAUGAUCUGGUGAAGCCAGCGCCCCUUAGGGUGCAGGCAGGGGAGCAGAACACUGUGGCAGAUUUCUUUGCUAAGGUGUCUGUUGCUCAGGCUGGAGGAGGUAUGGCUGGCCUUGGAGGUGCUGGCCUUCACUCUCCGUCUGGCUCUGCUCCACCACCAGCCUCAACUACCAAUGCAUCCUCACCUGGCACAAACCCAGUGCUGCAGAAACUGUUUCAAGGAGCAGCUGCAGUAGGAGGCCAGGCCAUGGUGCAGUUACCUGGUGGAGCUGCAGUCCAAGGCCAGCCAGGCACUGGUGCCACAAAUCCUGUGCCCAUUCCUGGUGCUGGGCAUCAGAGCCAUGCCUCCUCCCUCUCUUCCAGUGUGCCCACUGGGGCACCAAUCUCUUUACAAGAACUGGAGGGCCGCUUCAAAGAUAACCUUAAGAUGUCUAGCCAGACCAGGGAGGAGGAGGCUUCAACUGCUGUACAGCAGCAACAACAACAGCAAAAGCAGCCCUAUGCUCCUCAACUGCCUCAUUCAGAACCCUCACUACUUUCACCUCAAGUGUUCACCUCUUCUCGCACUUCGGAUCCACCUGCUUCUGGCACGCCCCCACUAGAAUCCUCUGGACCUCGCAACUUUGCUGACCUCCUUGCCUCCAGCUCGACUGCCGUAGUGGAUGUACGGCCACUGAAUGGGUCCCAGGAGUCCCUGCAUGACGGGUUGCUUGGUUGCCCUUCACAAGUGACACCUCUCACACAGGAGCAGCUUGUUCAGGCUUUCACUUUACUUCUCAAAAAGGAUGACUUUGUGCGGCAACUUCAUGAAGCUUAUGUCCAGGCGCUAAACCAGUCCCUCAAGGGAUUCUUAUAGACAGUUAUGGAGUGCAAAUCAGUGCAUGUCAUUUAAUUCUGUUGUAUGCUGUUGCAUCUUCAUGUAUUAGUGCAUUCAUCACGUGGAGUGCCGUGUAUAAAUGUAUGUGCAUCUGCUAAAGACAGAAGACAAAGGUUAUAUUUUUAGCAAAGGUUUUACAAAAUAUAUUCUGAACUGAGUGAAGAUAAUGAUUUAGCUUACUCGUAUGUAUUGUAAGGUACAUGUAUGUGCAUAUUAUAUAAAUAUAUAUAUAUACUGUACCUAUGAGAUAUGUGAUAAUUACUUUUGUUUAUAAAGCUACAAAAGGUCGGGAAUUGUUGGAGCAUCUCCAUUCACUUAAGAAUUCUAUUUUAUUAUUGUGAUCAUUUUAGUCUCUUUAGCACAAACUACACUGACUCCAUGUGCAGGUGUUUUCAAACUACUGUCACUGAUCCUGGAGCUGCCAAGGUCUCAUGUUCCACCUAGAGCCAAGAGUAUUGUACUUGUAGGGAAACAGUCAUUGCCUUUACCAGUUCAGCUCCAUUCAGUAUAAUGCUGGUGUAGGGACAGGUGGCUCCGAGGAAGUGAGUGAGGCCCCUCCACUGUCUCAUCUCUAAUAAAGCUAUUUUUUUUUCUUUUCUUAGUUUUAUACAGCACAGUUAAAUUCCAGGGCAGAAGAUGCAUUAUGUAGUGGAGUAUGAUUUUUCUUGCAGUGUGCUAAAGCACUGAAAGAGCUGUACCUGAGUCUGGUAUUGUUGAGGAAUAUAUCAACUUUUAAUUUUAUUUAGCUACAGAUUAUUACCACUGACAACUAGGCUGUUGUCUCUCAUAAAUUAUAUGAGAGACACUAUGUGUUUUAAUUCCAAAGACUCAAAAUAUUACACUGUAAUGUGUACUACUCAUAUGAGAACAUUAAACAUGAGAUAAACUGAA